AUGGCCGCCACCAUAGAAGUUGAUCCCAAAGUGGACAAAUCUGAAAAACAAACGCUACUUGCAGUGUUGCAGUUUCUUCGAAGACAUAAUUUGAAGAGCACAGAAGCCUUGCUCAAACAGGAAGCAAAGAUAAGUGAAGAUGAAGUACAGUCUGAUACCAGCGCACCCACCGAGUCUGAAGUGUCACACGCACUCGCAGCUUAUAAAAGCGAUGACGACCCUUCUCUGUAUGAAGAUUUCUACACUGAUAUUAAAGGCUUCAUAGACUCGUGUCUAGAUGUUCACAAGGUCGAGUUGGCUACAAUAUUGUAUCCGGUGUUCGUUCACAUGUACCUUGAGUUGGUGUAUAAUGGCCACGAAAAGCACUCACAAAUAUUUUUUGAGAAGUUUUCCAAGGACCAGGAAGAAUAUUACCAUGAUGACCUUGUCAAGCUGGCUACAGUCUGCAAGAAGGAACACAUGAAGGGAAAUGAAAUCAUGGAAAAUUUCAAGUCUAGCAAAUUUGUGAUCCGGAUGUCGCGUGACUCGUACACUCACUUGAAGCGCCAUCUGCAGGAGAAGAGGCUGAAUCUACUACUGAACAUUAUACAGGAGCAUCUCUUCAUAGAUGUGUUUGAUGGUGUCCCACGGAACAAGCAACAGAUUCAGGCGACAUCUGGUAGCCAGUUGGGAGAAUCUAUACGAGAUGCAAACAGAUCUAAAGUGUACUAUGGACUCCUUAAGGAGCCAGAUUUGAAUAUUCCACUAGAAGAGGAUGAGGAGGCAGCUGAAGGAGAAACAGACAAGCCAAAGAAAAAGAAAGCUAAGAAAGAUCCCUUGCUCAUGAGAAAAUCUAAAAACGACCCAAAUGCUCCAUCGAAUACACGAAUACCUCUCCCCGAACUUAAAGACUGUGACAAGCUGGAGAAGAUAAGUGCGUUCAGAGAGGCCACAAAGAGAGCUAAAGUUGACCGAACCCACCCGCCAUCCGUCUGCUUCUACACUUUACUCAACUCCAAUCAGGGAGUGACAUCAGUAGACAUUUCGGAGGAUUCGAAACUAAUCUGUGCUGGCUUUGCUGACUCCAAGAUUCGUGUGUUCACCUUGACGCCGAAUAAACUGCGAUCCAUGAAACCUCCGGACGAGCUGGAAAUCAUUGACAGAGAGGCUGACGAUGUUCUGGAGCGUAUGAUGGACAGCGACACGGCGUCAGACUCGAAGGUGCUGCUGGGUCACGCGGGACCGGUCUACUCGAUGAGCUUCAGCCACGACAAGAACUACCUGGUGUCCUGUUCGGAGGACGGAACAAUUCGACUUUGGAGUCUGCUGACAUGGACCAGUCUAGUUUGUUACAAGGGACAUAACUACCCGGUGUGGGAUGUUCAGUUUAGUCCUCAUGGUCACUACUUCGUUUCAAGUGGACAUGACCGCACAGCUCGAUUAUGGACGACUGACCACUACCAGCCAAUCAGGAUAUUAGCGGGUCAUUUGUCUGAUGUCGACUGUGUACAGUUUCACCCGAAUUCCAACUACAUUGCAACUGGGAGUAGUGACAAGUGUGUUCGACUCUGGGAUGUGCUGAAUGGGUCGUGUGUUCGGAUAAUGACCGGUCACAAGGAUGCAGUUUACUGUUUGUGCUUUUCACCAGAUGGACGGUAUUUGGUCUCUUCGGGUGCCGAUCAGAUGGUGGUUAUGUGGGACCUGGCCAGUGGUAACAUGAUAGCCCAGAUGAAGAGUCACAAACAAACCGUGUACUCAUUGUGCUUCAGUCGGGAUGGAGCAGUACUUGCAUCAGGUGGACUUGACAACACAGUAAAGCUGUGGGACAUCCACAAGAUCUACGAAGAACAAGAUACUGAAGCCGACCCCACAAUUCCCAGUGCAGUAGUCAUAAAUGACAAUCCAUCUCUGCUGAUCGACACCUACUAUACCAAGGCGACACCAGUGCUGGCUUUACAUUUCACUCGGAGGAAUCUCCUACUAGCAAGUGGUGCUUUAGUUCCAUCUUGAUGUAUCCGGUCUCUUUCCCUGGGCAUUGAGUUGAUGUGGAGGACAAUUUGAUAACUUCCUACUGAUGCCUUGAUGUUGCUAAGCAGAUUGUGCCAUAAUAAUGGCAAGUUGGACACCUACAAGAUUAAUCUUGAUGUCCAAACACUCACUGCAUCUGGAGUUGAUGUCUUGAUGUAGCGGUACAGUGAUGUCUGAUGACAUGCACUCAUGAAUCACUGUCAUAACAGUGGUGAUAUCAGGUGUUCGCGAAAGGUGAGCAUAUCCUGCCCCACCGGUGGCACCCACCAUGAGUACUGCCACCGCAGCUGUCAAGUCUUAUCACUUCAUCAGAAACAAUGAAAAAAAUAAAUGUGCAAGUUUCACCACAGAGAUGAAAAAGUAUGCAUAUAAACUUCCAUGUUGAUGUCCAAAGAUUCAUUGGGCUCAAGUUGAAUUUUUAAUAUGGAGAUGGACUGGUGAUAUCUUUAGAUUGACAUGGAGUUAAUGCCUUGAUGUGCCUUAUCAUUGCUAAAACGUGAACUUAUAAGCUGUCAUAUAAAUAAAGGAGAGCUGAAGAUGACUCAUGUCAUUUGAAAAGGUGAUAAGCAAGCAGUCACCACUGUCCUGGACAGACAGUCCAAAUAGCUGACCAGUGUGCUUCCAGGGUAGUGUGCUUGGCCCGUAAUUGGAAUAACGUACAAGCAUGGGGAAAAAAAAAAAAAAUUCAAAUGAAAGAUGAUGCAUUCAGCAUGCUUGUGUGGGCUUGGAAGGACUCGGGAGGAAGUUAUAUUGCUCAAUGGAUGAGCUGUCAGAAAUACUGGCAAAGCAUUUGUGGUGCAGGAAGAUUUCAAGGAGUUGUCUCCCUUUAUAAUUAGUGCUUCACAACUGAGUCAUGUUUGAGAGGGUGAGCGAUGUGGUUGCUCGCUACACUGGUUUUUGCACCUAACCUCAUAUGAAUGUGAUGUGACAGAAGACAAUGGUACCAGUCAAAUUGUUCACAAUUGCUCGGUCUCCUGCAUGUGUCACUGGUAUACUGGUGUAGUCUUAUAAUCUUUGUUGAGGCAGCAGUCACAUUUACCCUAUGUUAGACACCCAAUACAGUGUUCGAGAUUAAAAGUUUUGGGCAGUAUCCCAGUUGGAUACCGUAUUAACAAUUCAGAAUCUGGUAUCCCACCUGAGAAUUUAGUAUCCCACUUAAAUGAAAUUCAUAAAUAACAUCAUAACAAAUUUGGACGACACCGUUCUCGUUCCCAAUCUAUUGCUACACCGCAAUCAAAAUCGCAGAAUUCGUGAAAUUAGCAAUCAAACGGAAUUGGCAAAAAGAUUUGCUGCAUCUAUUUUUGCGUAAUGUUGACAUAAAUUAAUAUUUAGCAGUACCGUAAUCAAUAAGUGUUUGUGACAUUACUAAAGAUAAACCUACCUGUAUCAAUUUUCUGCAGAUGUGGAAUCGAUCAAUAUCUCAAUAAAAUUUGAAAGGAGGAAACAUCCAACAAGAACAAUAGCGAUUUAUCGGUUCCCAGCAUUAGACUGAGUACGAGUUGGGGGAGAUAUUUUUUACGGCAUAGCAUGAGACUGAGUAAGAGCUCAAAAAUACUGUUACUUAACUUCACCAGUAAAUGAUGACUUUCACUGUUUCAGCAAAAAAUAAAAAUGCAGGAUUAAAAAAAACAAGAACCGUAUAUGGUAUCCCGGUGGGAUACUGGGUUCUUGAAGUCUGGUAUCCAAAAUUAAAUUCUGGUAUCCCCGGGAUACUGGGAUACCGUUAAUCUCGAACACUGCCAAUACCCAUUGGUGUUGAGUGAUGUUAAUAUUCAUUCCAUUCAAUCAAUCAUUCAUUCAUUCAUUCAUUCAAUCUUUCAUUCAUCCAUUUGUGUUACGCAUGCAUUCAUAUGUUCGUUCAUUCAUCCAUCUACCCAUCCAUCAAUCCAUCAUUCAUUCAUUCAUUUGUGUUAAGCAUGCAUUCAUAUAUUAAUUCAUUCAUCCAUCCAUCCAUCCAUCGAUUCAUCCGUUCAUCCAUUUAUCCAUUCAUUCUUGUUAAGCUUGCAUUCAUGUGUUCAUUCAUUCAUCCAUCCAUCCAUCGAUUCAUCCAUCUUAAGCCUGCAUUCAUAUCUUCAUUCAUUCAUCCAUCCAUCCAUUCAUUCAUCCAUUCAUUCCGACAGAUUAACAAGUUGAGGAACUGUUGAACAAAAACUGUUAUCUCGCCUUCAUGUAAAAUUCUUUAAUCUCAUUGGUUGUUUGCCGUUGGACAAAUCCCUUAUUCCCCUGUGGGCGGAGCCAAAUUCUCUUAUACCCCGUCUGUAAUUUCCAACAGUUUCCA